GGGAAACGCUUCGAUUAUUCUUUUCCCCUCUUAAUCACUUUCUCUCUCCAUCAACAAUCAAUUAAUUAUUAUAUUUGUUUAUCCCGCUUCAAUCUCUGUAACCAAUCACAUGUUAUCUUACCUGCUUAAAUACCUUAAGCGUUUCCUUUUCCUACACAGUUGCUACAGUUGUCACAGUUAUUACCUAUUGUCCACUACUCUCAACUCACCUUCAUUAUUAUAAUUACCUUACCUUACGGGUUAUGUUAAUGAGACAAGUUCUCUAUCUCUCUCUACCUUUCAAUUCUCAAUCUCUCCAACUUCCGUUUCCCUCAAUUGAAUCUCUCAAAGUGUUACUUAAAUCAAUAAACAAUAUUUCCUUAAUAAUUGAUUGUCACUGAUUGACCUUGCUAAUUAGUAAAAGGGAUAUUAGGGUAAUCUACUCUAAACCCUUCUCACUGAUUCUAAGGCCUGCAGUUCGAUCAUAUCGGUGCAUUUUGUAAGGGUGCCUGUACCUCAUCCCCGUGAAUUAAUUAGACCUUACAAAUGGUGGAGAUUCCCUCAUUUACUUACGAGUAUUUACUUUAGAAAGUAGUGGCAAGCACUAUCUUUGCUAAAGGUCAUCGUGAAAAGUGUGUUCCUUUUACACGUGCUACUUAAAAUUUAGUGUGUCUCCCUAAGCUUUUUAGCGACAAUUCAGUUUCAAUCAACAAAGUGGAGCGUUUGUCCUCAACAUCGUCAUCAAUAGACUCAAAAAUUUAUUCAUCAUUACCAACAUCACUCUCUCUUCCAAAUCUCAGCACUUCAUUUAUCGAUUUCUUCAAUCGCAAUACGCAGUGUAACGUCCACGAUUGGACCUUCAAUCAAUCAAAAAUGUCUGAAUCAUCAAUUACUAUUGGCGACUACAUCAGCGAUGAAAAUAAUCGCCAACACCUUUGUGAAGUCUACGGACUUAAAUAUUCUGCCCAAGGCAAAGCCUACACCACCAAGGUCAUUCGCGAAGCGAUGACCACCCAAGCUUUUAUUUGUGGUUCCCUCUCUUCCUAUUCAUCACCCAUCGAUAAAAAUCUACCUUUCGACCCUAAAUUUCUCGAUUGCCCUGAAAUUCAUCAUAAAUUAAGAUCUUCCGGAAUUACUGAAGAAAAUCUUCGAAAGCUCAUCAAAGAAGAAGUCAUCGAUGAAGGUAAGAAUCUUUCUGAAGAUUAUUUGAAGGAACUUGAAUUCACUAGCAUGCAAAUUAAAAGGUAUUUUGAUUGUUUCUCUGAGAAAGAUGAUGAUCAAGGUGAAGUCAAUGACAUUGACAAUGACGAACCUAAUCAUUAUCAUUCUCCAACUCCAAACAAUAAGAGUAACAAAAACCAGCCAAUUAAUCAGACACCAAUUAAUUCAAAUCAAUUGUUUAACAAUUCUAUUUUUAAUCCUGCGUUUUUUCAACAAAUGUUCAGACCCAAUUCACCUUCAAUUCUUGAUGGAUUUAAAUUCAAAUCCGUCAUUGAAGAGUACAUUGAAAAAGGGUCACUGACUUUUUGCCAAUGGCUCAACAAAUUGGAGAGAAGAGUUUCCCUUCUUGAAUUAUCAGAUCAACUUGCGAUCAAAACUCUAUGUGCUCAGGUCACUGACGAUAUUCAUAAGGCUAUUGAUGAAAUUAUUAAGAAUAAUCCUAACAUUUCAUUUUCUAAUUUAGUUAAACGAGUAAGAGAAAGUUUCGUCGGCGAAAGAGAAGUAGCCGAAGCCACAGAAAAACUAUUCAAUAAGAAAUUCAUCAAAGGCACUAAUCCAAGUGAUUAUGUCUUCGAGCUCACUGAAGCUGCUAGAUUAGUUAUUCCGAAGAUUCCCGAUAAAGGAAUCAUCUUUCUUAUUCUUCAUUUGCUUCCAAAUGAAUUGAGUUUUUCAUUAAGGCACAAUUCGAAUGUAAACACUCUCGAUAAGUUAACUAAGUUCUUGAUUAUUUAUUCUAACAAGAUUAAGGAUAAUUCUUCUGAUGAGAAUUAUGUUCCCACUCCCAAUAAUAGACGACAGAAUCAAAACAAUAAUAACAAUAGGAGAUCAAACAAUUACAGUUCCAAUUCCAAUUCCAAUUUCACUCCCAACAAAGAUAACCGAUCAAAUCGAUCAAAUUCAUUUAAUUCUCCUAAUUCCCGAAAUAAAUCAACGUCGUCGAGUAAUGAUCAGAACAACUCAUCAUCACCAAAUAAUUCAAGACCGUCCAGAGGUCGAUCAUCAAAUUACAGAGGACGUGGAAGGUCAAAUAAUCAACAAUCAAGACCCUCCCAGCAACAAAAUAAUCAACAACAAUCCACAAAUUUUAACAACGCUCAAGAUUCAAACAACAGUAACACUAACAAUAAUAAUAGUAAUUAUUGUUCAUUUUGUACAACUUAUGGUCAUUCGACAGCAAAUUGUCAGGCUAAAAUAGCCGCUGAAACAACAAAUUGUAUGAUACAUUUAACUAAUAAUCAGAUCAACAUGAGACCGAGAGUAACAAUUAAAUUAGAUCACCCUGAUGUAGCUAAUAUCGACGCCCUUCUUGAUUCUGGCGCUGGUUCAACGUUCAUGAGAAAAGAUUUAGCUAUUCGUUUAAAGAUUCCUAUCUAUCAGAGUCACCAUGAAUUCUUAGGUUUAUCUGGAAGAAGUAAACCUGUGAGAGCGGUCGGUGUAACUCAGUUGGUUUUUCGAGUAGAAAAUCCUGAGAAAUUGGACCCAUUGCGAGUCUUUGUUCUUGAGGAAUUACCCUUAGAAAUGAUUCUAGGUAAAAAUUUCUGGUUCUGGUCAAACUCAGCACUGGAAGCUGAUCCUGUUCAGGGAUGGAAACCCACCAGAUCUGGGAAGCCACUCAAGGUUACCUUGAUGAUUCCCGGACCUGCUUGUUUCCAUCACCUCUUCACUACUCAAUUCCCAAAGAUUUAUGGUCCUGCCCGUAACUAUCCACCUCGCUGCAAUUUUAAUUCAUCACAGUCCACAUCUUCAGCCUCUCAAUCAAUUACAACCUCGAAUUCACCUUCAAAUACUUCUCAUUCAACUGUAAAUCAUCAACAAUUAAUUAAUCAUCAAUCAAUUAAUCAACAUCAAUCAUCCAAUAGCUACAAUCAACCUUCAACUUCUAGUCACAAUCAUCUUAAUCAUCCUAAUCAACUUAAUCAACAUUUUAAUUCCUCUUCAAGUCUUAAUCCAAAUUCUAAUUUAAAUUUUCCACUAUCAACAAAUUUUAAUCAAUCAACAAUUAAUCAACAAUCAAGCCAUUUUAAUCAACAUGAUAAUCAUGUCCUCCUCUCAGAUGAACAGUAUCUUCAUGAAAUUAAAAAAGCCAAAUUAGACACAAGACGAGACGAAUUUCCUCAGGAAAUUUCAGAUUUACAAUCAACCUUAAUUAAAGGCAUUUCAUCAAAUUUAAAUCAGCAUCAAAAAUCAUCAAUGAUUAAUUUUCUCAACAAAUUCAAAUCUGUUUUUUCUACGCAUAAAUACGACUUGGGUUGUAUACCUGCCGAAAUGGUAAACAUUAAAAUUGAUAUUGGCAAUCAUUCAAUUCCUAAAUGUAAUCCCUAUCGUCUUGGCCCCAAGAAACGAGAAAUCUUGGAUAAGAAAAUAAAAGAACUGAUGGAAAACAACAUCAUUGAACCGUCAAAUUCAUGUGGUGGUUCUCCCGCUUUUCUAGUAGAAAAACCCAAUGGGAAGGAUUAUCGUUUGGUAACUUCUUUUAAAGAAUUAAAUUCGAUCAUGAAAACUCGAUCAUAUCCAAUGCCUAACAUUGAUGAUCAUAUUCAGGCCCUUGCAGGUUAUGAAUAUUUUAUCACCAUUGAUUUCGCUCAAGGUUUUCACCAAAUUCAACUGAAUCCUUGCGAAAGAGAAAAAGUUGCUUUGGUAACUGAAAUGGGUAAAUUUCAAUACGUUCGCUUACCCAUGGGAUUAGCUGAUUCCCCUGCAUAUUUUCAACAAUUUGUAAAUUCUGUCUUUGGCGAUCUACUGUAUAAAGCUUGUCUAGCAUAUAUAGACGAUAUUGUGAUCUUUGGAAGAUCAUUCGAAGAGCUAAUCAAUAAUGCUGAUGCUGUAUUCACGAAAAUUAAAAAUAUUGGUUUAAAGGUUCAACCUGAUAAAUGUAAAUGGGGACAUAAGGAAGUCAAAUUCCUUGGACAUAUCAUCAGUGGUAAAACAGUUCGUCCUGAUCCAGAAAAGAUUCAGAGACUCAAAGAGUUCCAACCACCAAAAAAUGUCAAGGGACUUCAAAGUCAACUGGGACUUUUUAAUUAUUUAUCUAAAUUCAUCCCUAAUUAUUCAACUGUCGCUUCGAUUUUAUUUGAACUAUGUUCAAAAAAGAAUAAAGGAAAAUUCAAUUGGGAUAGAAAUCAUCAAAAGGCUUGGCAACACAUAAAAGAUUCAUUGAUAAAAGAUUGUUUGCUUUCGCAAUUUAAACCUGAAGCUCAACAUAAAUUGAUGGUUGAUGCUUCAUCAAUCGCUGUUGGUGGCAUUUUGCUACAAUUAGAAGAUAAUGAAUGGAGAGCAGUUUCAUAUUUUGGUCAGAAACUCGCUAAAUAUCAACUCGCUUACACGAUAACGGAAAAGGAAUGUUUGGCCGUCAUCGUCGCUGUUAAUAAGUAUUCACAUUAUCUCAGUGGAAAAAGUUUUACGAUCGUUUCCGAUCAUUGUGCACUUUGUGCUCUACCCAAAAUUAAUUUUAAAUGCGCUCGAUUGCAUCGAUGGGCCUCACUAAUGUCUCAAUACGACUACAAGAUCGAAUACAGUAAAGGAGAAACUCACCCAGCUGAUUGUUUCUCUCGAUCAAGUGAAUGGCGCCACAAGAAAAUUGGAGAAAUAAACGAGGAAGAUUAUUAUAAAUAUUUACUAUUCGCUUUUGAGGAUAACUGUCAUGUGAUGUGCAAUGAUUUGCAUCAAGCUCCUCAUCAUUUAACUCACAAUUAUAAUUGGAUGGAAAAAGAUGAUACAAUUAUAAAAAAUUUUGAUUGUGACGACAUUCAAAUGAUUAAUGAAGAAAAUAAAUAUCAAUGGAUUUUAUUUUCGAAACAAGUAGCUGAACAAAUUGGAGAGAAAUUAGGUCAACCAGAAAUUAUCGAUGACAAGUUAAUUUCUAAAUUUAUUGUUACUGGUGAUCAACUAAACAAACCCGAUAAUAAUGAGUUCGACAACUCAAAUGAGAUUAAAAAGCAUCAAUCUAAAGACAAUUAUAUUCGUGGUACUAUUCGUCAACUGUCAAAGGGUUAUUUAACUAAGCAUUUCGUAAUGAAACAUGGAAUUCUGCACAGGAAGUUGAAUAAUAACAAUUUGGUAAUUGUUCUUCCUGCAUCUCUACAAGAGAAAGUAUUCAGUGCAAUGCACACAGAAUCAAUUGGAGGUCAUUUUGGAGUUAAAUCGACAACCAAAAGAAUAAAAGAAUUAUUUUGGUUUCCUCAAAUGGAGGAAUGGAUCAAAUCAAAGAUCGACAAUUGUGAUGUUUGUUUAUCAUUUAAACAUCCAACAACUAAUAAUCAUCGACCUCACCAAAUGCCAAUUCCGCUUCAACCCUUAGAUCGAUUACAAAUCGAUAUCGUCGGGAAAUUUCAUCCCUCAUCUCAAAGAAAUGAGUAUCUUUUUACCGCUGUGGACUAUUUUACUAAAUUUGUAUUUGCUCAACCUACGAGAAAUCAAAAAGAAAAUGAUGCUAUCAAGUUCGUUAAAUAUAUAAUUCAGUUUAUCGGACAUCCGAAGAUUAUCCAAGUGGAUAACGGACCCUGUUUUAGAUCUAAUGGAUUUAAAGAGUUUUGUGAGCAACAAAAAAUUAAAUUACAAUUUACUACACCUUAUCGACCUCAAUCAAAUGGAUUAAUCGAAAGGUUAAAUGGGAUUCUUGGUAAUCGCAUCAACAUGUUUACUGUUAUUCCAAAGGAUUGGGAUAAAUGGAUAACAGAACAUGUUCUCAGCUAUAAUUCUGCUCACUCGGAGAAUUUACAAACUUCUCCCUAUUUCCUGUUGUUUGGUAAACUACCAAAUACUCCCCUGUUAAAUGAAUUGGAAAUUCAACCUACUCAAACUGCUAAAGAGGAACUACAACAAUUAAGAAAUGAUCAUUACCAACGAAUGGUUGGAAAUCAACAAAAUCGACUUGAUUUAACUGAUCCUAAACCUUUACCCUUUAAAGUAGGUGACAGAGUAAAAGUUUCUGUAAAGAUUCAGAACAAACUAAGAGGAAAGAAACUAACAGCACCUUAUAAAGGUGAUUAUAUUGUGAUUGAAGUUUACGAUUCUGCUGCUUUAAUUAUUGGUCAGAAAGGUCCAGCAAUUAAAGUUAAUUUUGAAAAUUUAAAAUUGGCAGGCGAUAGAAAUGAAAUUGAAGAUUUGACUGAUCAAUCAGCUGAUGUUUAG